UAUCGUACUUACAAAACCAGAAAGUCCCAAGCCUGUCCGGACCGUGAACUUUUAUAUGAAACCAAACAACAACAAAACAACUUGAAUUUAGCACGUAAACAGCUUUUAAAUAAUUGCUAGUUGAACCCAUCAUUUUGCUAGUGGAAAAAAAUGGCACUAGCAAAAAUUUGCUAGUUGGAAAAAAAGUUAAAUUCGAUCCCUGUGUAAGCCAGAUUGAGCACAUCCCACCUUAAAUACAAAGGUCUGCCCUGUUUUUAACCAUUCUCCUUUUUGCUUUUUACCACUACCUUUUACUCGUUUAACAUUCUUGCUAAAGUCUAGGUUUGACUAAAUGGAAGAUAGAGAGUGGGAGAGAUAGAGAGAGAGAGAGAUCAGUAGUAUAGACUAAUGGAAGUGUCUAGCGGUCCAGUAACCGAAAUCUAGCCUGCGUCCGGUAAUAGAUUUCCUGAUGGAUAAGUAAUACCUGUAUAUACAGUCCAAACUGGCCUUACGGUCACCUUGAAUAAGCGGUCACCUCACUUUAACGGCCAGUUCAAUUCCCCCCGACGAAAAUCAUUCUUUAUUUGCCCUUGAUUGAACGGUCACCUGGCCAAUGCGGCCAGCGGCCAAGUAAUUUCAUCCCAAAUGUAAAAAUUUACCCCUUUAAACGGUCAUUUGCAAAACUCUUAGUCAGGCGUGAAAGUUCAAUAAACAUAGCUGGAAAUUCCAGUAUGUCGAAAAUGCACUAAAAUUAGAUAACCUUUGACCUCAUGUUCAGCGGAGAUUGACGAAGUGUUUUCGUCGUAUAUCGUUAACCAAUCAGAAAAGAUUUUACGUCUAUGCAACACAUGUGCCAUAAAUUAUCUAUAAUUAGGUCGGCAAAUGUAUAAAUGUGUUUUGAUGUAAUAUGUUUGCAAAUUAACUGUAAAUUGUUGUUUCUGUAAUCCAAAAGGUGAUGAGAAGUUUGUCGGCAAUUAAAGUAAAUCAAAGGCGCUCCAUUAAAAGGAAACUUACACGUAUUGUUGUAAUAAUGAAUAGACGUGAUUUUGAGAUGAUCCUAACUAAAGUGAAAUUUCAACAUGCUGUUUUGUAUCACUUAUCAAAAGUUUCUGUCAAUGAUAACAUCAGAUUUAAUUGUUUGAAUUCAUGUUGGAAUACAAAAAUGACUUCUAAACGGGACUGCAAGUGCCUUACUCCUGAGGACCGUGUUAAAUGUAUAAAAUUACUCGAGUCGGGAAAAAGUUCACGUGUUGUGGCUGCUAAGAUGGGUGUUGGACGUACGCAGGUUCAGAAUGUUUUAAAGCGUAAAAGAGAAAUCAUGGAGGAGUAAGAAUCAAAUGGGAAUUUAUCUCUGAAGCGGCUGAAGAGAGACACUGAGUACAGUGAUAUAAACAAUCUAGUGUACCGUUGGUUUUUGGAUGCCACUGCAAGGUUAUUCCCGGUGUCAGGACCUCUGAUCCAGGAAAAAGCAAGGACUUUUGCUCAGGAUUUAGGGUUAACGUUUGUUGACUUUAAGGCAAGCAAUGGAUUGUUAGAAUCUUUUCUUAAGAGAAAUAACAUUGUUUUUAAGACUCAGUUUGGUGAAUGUGGUGAGGUCAAACGUGACACUGUGUCUCAAUUAAAGGAAUCCAUUCCGUCAGCCUGUGAAGGUAAUGCUCCUGAAAACAUAUUUAAUAUGGAUGAGACUGGUCUCUUCUACAAAGACUCGACUAAGUCUACUUUCUUCAAGAAGGGCGAGACAUGUGCUGGGGGGGGAAACGAUCCAAACAGCAUAUAACAGUGGCACUCUGCACAUCUAUGACUGGUGAGAAGCUUAAACCUGUAGUCAUUGGCAAGUCAAAGAAGCCCCGUUGUUUUGGCUCCGUUUCAGUGGAGAGUCUGCCUGUAACCUACUACAACAACAGGAAGGCAUGGAUGCUGACCACAACCAUGGUAGACUGGCUUAAGUCCGUUGACAGGAAAAUGCGUGCCCAAAACCGCAAAAUUCUGCUCUUUCUUGAUAAUGUUCCAGUUCAUCCAGAUAUAACACUUAGUAAUGUCAAACUUCAAUUCUUUCCUCCAAACACAACAUCAUUGCUGCAACCAAUGGAUGCCGGAAUUAUUCAAACAAUGAAGCUGAAAUACAGGAAACGCCAAAUGCAGCAUGUUCUCAUGGAAAUGGACAAACACACUGCCAAAACUGGUCCUCAGGUGCUAAGGGACAUAACUGUGCUUGAGACAAAGGAAGUGACAGUCAUAAAAUGUUUCAAGAAAUGUGGCUUCGGUGUAGAUAGUGCUCUACCGGUAGACAGUACUUCCAGUGAGAAUGAUUCUAGUGAUGACGGUGAUCUUGAUGAUGAUUUUCCUUUGGCUGUUCUUAAAAUGGCCCAGGAAUUGUUUGGUUGUGAUAUGCCGGAAUUAAUAAAAAUUGAUCAGGACUUUGCCACUUGUGACAAUAACAUGACUGACUGGGACCGCCCAGCUCAGGAAAUUAUGAGAAGACAUGACACAAGAAGAGGAGUCAAUCAGUGAUGACUAGGAUGAAACACCAGCACCUGUGACUGUGUCUUCUGCUGAGGCAAGUGAUUAUCUGGUAAAACUUAAACACUUCGCUCUUACCUCAUGUCAGCAGGACAUGUUAGACUUGUUAAUGAAAGCUGUGGAUUUAUUUGUGAAACAUAGUGUAAACACUAAAGUUACUCAAAGUAAAAUAAGUGACUUUUUUAAGUGAAAAAAUGUGUAAAACCUGCGAUUGUGAUUGCAAUCUCCUUACUAGCAACUCUUAAAUUAGUCGGUAUAGGACAGUCUAACUAGUAGACUGGCCCUGGCGUGAUGCGCACCGACAAAAUUAUUACCUGUAGAUUAAACUACCAGUACUCAUGUAUGUAAUGACGUUUGUAUGAUAUUGACUUUAUUAUUGAAAAACUGUUACUGUUUGGUAUUUCUUUUUGUAUAUAUGUACGUAAAAUGAUGAUGAUUCUUGUGAUGAUGAUAUUGACCAGAAUUAUUAUUGAAAAGAAAACAAUGAGGAACAAUAUAAUAAAAAGUAACUGUUUUGUAUUUCUUUUUGUAUUUAUGUAUGUAAAAUGAUGAUGAUGGUGGUGUUGCUAUAACACAACAAUAUGAAUUCUACAAAAAAUAUCCCCAAAAAUAACAGCAAUAUCUACACCUCCGUUAAGUGGUCACCUGCCUUAAGCAGCCACUUUUACCAAUUCCCUUGACUGGCUGCUUAAGACAGGUUGGACUGUACCGGUUAGGCCAUAAUAAAUUAAUUCCUAGAUUAUCAUCCCCGCCCGCCCCCUCUUUUUUAUGCUGCCCCGACCUAUUUUAUUUCUCUCUCAAAAAAAAAAAAAUGUACGAACCGCGAUAGGGUCCCGUAUAUUUGUUUUCAUGCUGCCACAAAAUACCAUUGAUAAUGCGGUUUUUUUUUU